AUGGUAUUCGAAUCCGAAAGCAACCAUGCAAGUAGCCUUGGCACAAAGCCAUACAAAGUUGGCCUCAAGGAAGACCUCCUCAGCGCGCUCACGAGCAUCCAACCAAAUGGGUCAUUCGCUUCAUUCGGUGCACUACUUCAACCGCCGCCGGUCGGCCUGUUCGUUCGCGGUAUCGGUGACAUCCCAAUGCCGCUCAGCGAGUCUAAGGCACGGCAACUAAUUGAGAAGGCUCGCCAGUCGCCCUACGGUAAGGGGAGUGAUACCAUCGUCGAUACCGCAGUCCGAAACACCUGGGAGUUGGAUGCAGAGCAGUUCACCUUUCGUCACCCGGGCUGGCCAAGUUUCCUUAGGGAUAUAUGCUUCUGUGUCGCCACCGAGAAAAUCCCCGGCAUGUUCGGCACUCUCGUCAUUAGCUUGCCGUCAGCUCACCAAGGUGGAGAACUGGUGGUCAAGCACUGUGGCGAAAAGCAGGUCUUCAAGACAUCCGCAGUGGCGCAGUCGUGGGCCUGUUGGUACAGUGAUGUCGAGCAUGAGGUCCUUCCUGUGACUUCAGGCUACCGGUGGGUUUUGACUUACAACCUCGCCAUCGAUCCGGCCCAGCCGCGUCCAUCGGCAGCGCUGCGGCGGUCUGAGCCCACAUCACUUAACCAAACUCUCAAACACUGGCUUGCCGAGGGCCAAUCGCGGAAACAGAAAUAUUUCUACCAUGUGCUCGACCACGACUACACGGAAGCAAACACUUCGCUCAAAGCAUUGAAGGGGCGCGAUUUGGCCCGCGUCCAGGCAUUGAAAGAGGCAUGCAACGAGCUUCCUGUGGACAUCUUCUUCGGACUGCUGGAGAAGGAAGAAGUGGGGUCCUGUGAGUUUAACCCCUACUCCAGGUCCAGGUCUAGGGACUGCGACGAGGACGACGAGGAUGAGGACGACGGUUACGGUUACGACGAGGACAUGCACGAUGACCUUGAAUUUCAUGAUAUUGAUGAGGUUUUUGAAACAUCGUACAAAGUGAAGACACUCGUCGACUUGGAGGGCCGGAUGGUGACGAAAAAUCUGCAUUUUGAUGAAGAUCAUUUGCUUGAACCAGAUUGUUUCGUGGACCUCGAGGGGGAGGAGGAAUACGAAGGUUAUAUGGGCAACUCGGGGCCAACGGCGACACAUUGGUAUCGCGUGACGGCCGUUGCUGUUGUCCCUCGUGACUCCACUGCCUGCUUCUUUAAGUGCAACAAAACAUUUUGCUCUUUUCCACACAGCGACCACUCCGAGAUGAACUAUUUGGCCCAAGCAUGUUUACAGCCACAGGUUCACGAGUCUUCGCUCACCUCGCUCGAGAAUCUCUGUCGACAAUUGUGGGGCAAUGGAGCGGUGCCAGACGAAGCCUGGCAAACUAUUUUUAUGGUUGCAGUCCAGCAUGCGCGGUAUGCAUUCCUUGAUGAGGCUGCUAAGCAUCACGGAGGCUGUCUGCCGCCAGCCUACUUUAGUUGGGUUAGGCAAUGGUUGAGUGAUGGCGAUGGCGAUGCCAAAGAACGAUUCAAUGCUAUUCAAAAGGGAAUAAGUUCAGCCAUUUCGGGGUACCCCUAUUUCACAGGCCAGUUCAUGGCCGUUGUGAACUUGGCGCCCAUCUCCAAAGGCCCCUCAGCUCCUGUCGGUGUUUCCACACCCGAUUACCUCCUCGAGUUUGCUCGCAGAACACUCCGCUCUUGCCUGGAUACUUGUAGAUCCAGAGUCUUGGGCGGAAGAGAUGGUGUGGCUCUGGUUGACGUUGCGCUCUAUUUUGACGACCCAUCCAUUUUCCUCUCACAAACGGUUGCACCUAUACUCAAUCGAGGACGUCCCCCGGCUGCAGCCUUGCUUGCAUUCCUAGACCGGUUGCAUCGACAAAGCACCAGUGGUGUCUUGCCUGUGGAAAGCUCUAUGCAUCUUUAUCGGACCAUGGCCAACUCAUUCAUCGCCUCUCCGGAUCUCACAGGGGUAUACGACGAGGCUGAGAUCCAGGCACUAGAACUCCAAGCCACAAUCAGCUAUGAAGAGCUGACCAACUUCCUUUCUGCCGUCAUUUCAAUUGGUACAGAAUCAGAUGGCCUUGUUAAUUUGCUCAUUUCCAGGCUGGUUGCAGACGCCCCUCGGCUCCCAGACCUGGAACUUGAAAACAUGUGGCUGCCCUUCCUACACCAUCUCAUCCCCAUUCUCGUCUCCAAGAACAUACCUCUAGACACGGCAUGCUAUCAACAGCUAUUUUCCACCUUGCUCAAAGCUUACCUCGAUACCUUUGUACGGCGCGAGCCUAAAAGUGACAGAAACUUGGCUCGCACCGGCGUACGCUGUUCUUGCGUUGACUGUGCGCGUCUAAACGAAUUCCUUACCAACCCCGCGCUCAAGGUACAAUCUUUCGCGGUAAAUCAACACCGGCGCGAACACCUUGCGCAGAAUUUGGGUGCUAGCAAUGUCGACUGUACUCGUAAGACUUUGCGGUCCGGCUCACCCCACUCUCUGGUGGUGACCAAGACAUUCCGUCAUCAUAAACAGAAACGUCAGGACUGGGCCUGGCGGCGCAAUAUGGCCGCUGAGCAGUUCCAGCAAUUUGACCAGGAACACCUCAGGAAGCUCCUAGGCUCGGACUAUUCCAGCAUUGUCAACAUGGAACAAACCAAGGCACUGCGGGUGGCGGUGACAAGGCAGCCUCGUCAGCCACGAGCGAAUACUGGCCAGUCGCUGAACUCGUCUACGCGUCCAAUGAAUGGGAAGAAGCGAAAAUUGCCUCCCACAGAGAGUGAAGUUGUUGAUUUGACCAGUGAAUAGACGGUUAUAGCAAUUACGUUGAUUACGUCCUGUGUAAGACCCGAGGCUACUCUACGAGGAGGGGAGUCAUACCCAUGGUUGCCCAAAGAUGAGACAUCUAUUUGCAUUAUAAGGGCAAUUUCUGGUGGGCAUAAACAAAAAUCAAAUUUGCUUUUGGGUUUGGGAGUUGGACAUCGUAUUAAUUUACCCGUGAUACGUUAUUCUCGCUGUUGCAGUCGCAGCGGUUGGACGACUUGAUUUGAAGUUUGCGUCUACGAUGCGAAAUUGGCAGGUCACACUUGCACUGAACAUCACAACCAAAACGGCGUGGUAAUACUCAACUAGAU